AAAAACUAGAUAGCAUUUAUGGCUAAUGAGCUUGGUUUGAUGAUGAGAAAGAACAAGUGGAAGAUGCCUAUGAAUGUUUUCUUCAAGGAUGCAAGACUUGUUUUCAAGUGGGACAAACUUGGUAAGGAGAUCCUAGGAAUAGCAUUUCCUGCUGCUCUAGCUGUUGCUGCUGAUCCCAUUGCCUCUCUUAUUGACACCAUUUUCGUCGGCCAUAUCGGAGCGAUUGAACUUGCUGCUGUGGGAGUCUCUGUUGCGAUAUUCAACCAAGCUUCAAGGAUUACCAUAUUCCCACUUGUGAGCAUAACAACAUCUUUUGUUGCUGAAGAAGACACUAUUCGGAAAACUGCCAUAAAACCAGCUAAAGGUGAGAUAGAAAAGAAGCAUUUGGCAGAAAAUGGUCAAAAGAGAGAACUUACACCACAAGAUGAAACCAAGAAGGAAAAUACGUUGGAAAAGAGUAGUACUAAUUCGCUCACAAGCAACGAAACAAGAAAUCCGGCACCCGAAAAUGGCACCAUUCAAGAUUUGGAAAAGAAUGCAUCAGGAGAAAAGAGUGAGGAACUUGAAAAGAAGUCCUCAAAACAAGAUGGGAAAAAAGAAUCUAUGCCAGAAAAUGCCACACUCGAGAACGUCGAAAAAGAUUCAAGCACAAAUAAGUCUGAGCCUCCUGCGGUCAGCACUCCAACAGUAAAAUCCAAGAAGAAAGAGAAGAAGCAGAUUGCUUCAGCAUCAACAGCACUGAUGUUUGGAACAGUGUUGGGCCUCCUACAAGCUAUAUUCCUUGCAUUUGGUGCUAAAUUCUUGUUAAAUGUAAUGGGAGUGAAGCAAGGAUCUCCAAUGCUAGCUCCUGCCAUGAAAUAUUUGGUGUUAAGGUCACUUGGUGCUCCUGCUGUUCUCCUUUCUCUGGCCAUGCAAGGAAUCUUCAGAGGGUUUAAGGACACAAGAACUCCUCUCUAUGUCAUUGUUUUGGGGUACGCAACAAAUAUCAUUUUGGAUCCAAUAUUGAUAUUUGUGUGCCAUUUGGGAGUGAAGGGUGCAGCUAUUGCACAUGUUCUCUCUCAGUAUUUAAUUGUGUUGGUCCUCGCUUGGAGAUUGAUGCAAAAAGUUAAUCUCUUACCUCCUAGCCUUAAAGAGUUGCAGUUUGGUCGGUUUCUAAGAAAUGGUAGUCUGCUCCUGGCAAGAGUCAUAGCUGUGACCUUCUGUGUGACACUGGCUGCAUCCAUGGCUGCCCGGCUAGGUCCAACGCCAAUGGCCGCCUUCCAGACUUGCUUGCAGGUCUGGAUGACAUCAUCCCUCCUCGCCGAUGGCCUAGCCGUCGCUGGACAGGCGAUCCUAGCGUGUGCAUUUGCAGAGAAAGAUUACGAGAAGACCACAGCAACAGCCACAAGGGUUCUACAGAUGAGUUUCGUUCUGGGCGUUGGGCUUGCGGUGGUUGUAGCGGGGAUUAUGUACUUCGGAGCCGGAAUCUUCUCCGGCGAUGCUCAAGUGCAGGCCCUCAUCCACAUCGGAGUUCCGUUUGUGGCAGCAACACAGCCAAUGAACUCCUUGGCAUUUGUGUUUGAUGGAGUGAACUUUGGAGCUUCUGAUUUUGCAUACUCUGCCUAUUCCUUGACUCUGGUGGCCAUUGCCACCAUUCUCUCCCUCUUCCUUCUCUCCAAGAGCUAUGGCUUCGUUGGAAUUUGGACUGCUUUGGCUAUCUAUAUGGCUCUUCGCACUCUCGUGGGUCUAUUAAGGAUGGGAAGUGGAACGGGACCGUGGCGUUACCUAAAAGGAUCAUUGUUGCCCUAGUCACAUUGUGGUGUCACAAGAAAAAGUUCAAUUAGUGAAGGUCUAUAAGAAUGAUGGUCACAAGGGUUUUCAUUUUUCUUGAAUGUCGUUAUAACUAUUAUUUUCAUAUUAACUUCUACUAUACUAUAUAGUCCUAAGUUGGGGGAGAGCUUCUUUCUUACAACAUCAUAUUAUUGUUAUGAAAGGAAAUUUUAUAUUGUCCGUGUAACAUUAUAUCAAGUUUUUUCGUAAUUUAUAAAUACAUCCACUAUCUGACUAA